AUGGCACAGAACGUGUUCAUCUAUCUGGCCGAGGCGCAUUGCAUCCUCUGUCGAGUUGCGUUGCCGUACUACCCCGGAAUCAACGUCUUUAGGGUGAACGCCAAGGAUUGGGAAAAGGAUAUAGUCGGCUUAUUUGAUCUAGCCGCUGACUCGACUAAUGGGCCCUUGGUCGUUGCUAUCAAGACCACCCUGAAAGAGAAAUACCCCAUCAUCGGGACAAAUGUUAUGGUACGGCAUAAAGGCGGCGAGGCAGCGAUCACCAUUGUUCGUGAGCGCCCGAACAUCAAGCACCGGCCCUUCUUCUUUGCCCAUAAGCUCUGUGUUAACGCCAUCGAGUCGCUACGAGGGGGCCCCAUCCACGAGGAACUCUACGAUCUGGCUAUUCAAACGCAGGAAAUCUUACCCAGAGAUUGCUGGGGAGAAGAGCCUCCGACGCAUCUCGCCUCAUUUCUGAGCACCAUUCAGAGCGGCAUUGUCGACACUGAGAAUACAGACUUGGGAUCUUGUCUCUCGAGAUGCUGCAACCUACCCCCCGAAUUGCAAAGCCAUAUCUUGACAUACCUCCAUGAGAAUGGAAACAAUGUUGUAUUCUCAUUAAUGACGGCUCUCCACACGUUUACCGUUGGCCGGUCUCUUCUUGCACCAGUGCUUCUCAAUCAACCUCCACUGGGGGAAGUCUUCCGUGUUGAUCAUGUUGACAAGAUUCACAUUUGCGCCUCAAUCACCAGUGUGUUUGGACGUUCCUACCUGUGGGGUCUCGAGACCUCCUAUAGCCAAAGCCAUCAACCUACACCGGGCAAGCAGUGCAUCGAUCUCAGCUUGAAUUCCAUUCGCAAGAUGGAGUUUAUUCUUGGAAUGUACGGCAUAACGGCCGUCAGAUUUCACAUGGACACCGAUUUAGUCACUCCUUGGCUGGGAGAUGCUAGAAAAGGAUGGCGUUGUAAGCCAAUUGAUUUCACUCGCGAAAACGUUGCGUUUCCGAGAAGCUUUAAAACGAAUCUCAAUCGGAUCGCAUAUUUUGGCCCUGCUGGGUCACUCACAGAUCCAACUGUUCAAUGGGUGUCAUUGAUACCCGAUCACUUGAAGGAGAAAUGCACAGUUGCAGGCCUCAUUGUGGACCAGAUGGCAAUAUCGUAUAACUGCUUCAGAACCAUUGGAGCUCAUUGCACACCCAAAGAGGGCGUCGUCGGAUCCCAUAAAUCACCGACUUCCUCGUCGGGGCAGCACCUCGUUCUACCAGAAGCCCCAAGGAUCUUGCGACGAUUCGGUUUUAGGAACUUUGCAGUCGUGAGUAGCGCUCAACUUUACGACAUCAAGCACCUACGCGUUCUACUGAGGGAUGCUCGAGACUAUGAUAAUAACCACAUGUGGCGCUGCGGCGGCCUAUGGAUCCUCCACGGUGACGGCUCUAUCGAGACAAUCGGGUGCUGGGAUGAGUCCCUAACCAAAUACUCCAAGACAAUAUAUAAAGAGACUGAUGGCCAGUUGACUCGGGUGAUUUUCCGCUCGAGAGAGGGGAGGCAUCCGUUGAUUCCGAGUGAAAUAGUCCGCUACAUUGUUGAUAUUCACGUCAGAGUAGUGCCACAUGGAAGCGAACAGGAGGAUCCAGACGAGGAGGAAUGGAAUAAUGUUGCAAAUUGCGACUAUUUGCAGUACUGCAAAAUUUCUUAUUCGAAAAAAAUCACUUGGACAUUUACUGAGGCGUCUGAUAACAUCCAGAACACCUCCACCGACACGACAGACUACAAUCUGCCACCGCAUAGGGAAUGCAAACUACUGCAGAUAGAGCAGUAG